ACUUUAGUCGUACUUUCACUUUACCGGUGCAGUAUUGGGUCCGGUCUCUUUGUGAACUCGGACCGAUAUAAUGAAUAAACCUGUCCUUGACAAAACACAGGAGAUCGACAGAAAGGAUGCACGUGAAGACCUUAUUGCCUGUAUCAAACCUGGAAAAUAUGUGUCCAUGGGAAUAUUUAUUGCAACAUUUGGUGGUGUAUAUGCAGUACAGCAAACAUAUAUGUACAACACAAAGAGAUUUAUGAAGUACAAGAACCGAAUGUUGCUGCCGCUAGGAACAGCUCUUGUUGCCUCAUACGGCUACUUUAUAAGCGUCUUUCUUAAUUGUAGAAGAGAAGUGAUGAAAGACUAUCCGCAGCUUAUCAAAAAUAAAAAUCAAUCAAAAACAACCAAACCACAAUCAAAUGAAUUUGAUGAUAAUGACGAGACUUCCAACACAUGGAAAGAAUGAGAAUAGAUUUAAAAUCUACAUUCAGACAGUAAUGGUGAGCAUGUGAGCUACACUUUCCAGAUCUUUAGUUGGAUGUGUAAUGUACUUACAAACACUGGUAUCACUAAAUGUACAUAAUUUGUGUGUCUUUAUAUGUACCAGAUUGUAAGAUAAGGAAAUGAAAGACCAAACAGAUUCCAAUAUUUCUACCUCAGUGUUGAUACACUGUUCUCACCUAGGAAAUAAUAUUGAGUAUAUCAGACUUUCUAGACAGUGGAAGUUAAUAACUGCUAGACAACCUGGAUGAUUGAGUGACAUGGUGUAUUGAUCCAGUGUGUAUGUUAUACACUGUUUGUGAUGUAGAAUUAGAUAAACACAAGUGUGAAUACUAUUACAUGUACAUGUGAGGUAUUUUGCCAGCUUGUGCAGAAUUGGUUAAUUAACAUAUUUUAAUUUAAUUUUGCAUUUUUGUUUGAAUAAAAUACUGCUAAAAUUUA